AGGACGCCCAGUGCUGCCAUCAAUCACAGAGACUCUCCCCCGUCAAUCGGUCAAUCAAUUCUUCCCUCUCCCCUUCUUUCCAUUCUCUCGCCAUACAAUUGGGCUCUCGAUUUUUCUACUGCCUCCUAUAUUGUGAUCGGUUUCAUUGGCACAGCACGGCGCACCCGCUACAGCCCUCGUUUCUCCUCCGCUCAAGGUCGAAAGUAUUCACACUUUUUUUUUUGUUAUAUCACCCAUCACAUAGCAACCAUCUCACCCCGAUCACUCCAUUCAAUGCUCUGCACCCGCUCCACCGUAGAAGUAAGCAUCAUAGAGUUGAUACUGGUUCGGUGAAGUUCCCCCUGGGUCCAUGUCCAUACUCGUAGUUUCACAUCAUACCGUUCCCACCGUUCUGCCGCCGACGCCGUCCCCGCCCCAAUUGUUUCCAUUUUACUCUCCCCACACCGUCGUCAAUUACCGGCGCCCCCCAGCACUGCAAGCCCAGAGCAAGGGCGCCGGUAUCUCUCCUAUCAUACGAGUACUCGAGUACCCAAGUACAGUAGUCUUCCCACCCACUGCUGUAGGGCACACCCACUCCAUCACACGCACAGGCAACCGCACUCGCAGGCUACGGUACCGUGCCCACGUCUCUCCCUCCUUCUUUCUCUCUCUUUCUCUGUCUCUCUCCUCGUCCUUCCCCCGUUCGCUCUCGCUCUCCUCCUCCCCCCUCCCACACCAUAGCAAUCCCAUGUUUUGGGAUGCGGUUAAGAUUGCAUGGUACUUCUGCCAAGAUGUAUAAUACCGGUAUUUUAUUUAAGGCCAAGGCCGGACAGGGUCUUGCCGUCGCCUGCGAGGCUGCAUAUGCAGUGGUCCAAUCACUACCCUUCCUAGGGUACUUCUUAACCUUCAGCCUCUCCGAGCACCUCUGCUUGAAGGCAGGAAAAAGAAAAAAGAAAUCUCAUGGAAAUUUUAAAAUGUACGAGUACUUGCACUGGUACUUGUACUCGUACUCGAGCACAUUUCGUACCGGAUGGGCAGGGGGAAGAGGAGGUGAAGGAAAUCGAUUUCUGCUGCCUUCUCUUGUGGAAGGCACGUUAUCAUCAGAGUGCGGUACUUGUACCGGUCGCUGGUGCUACUGGGGGUGGCACUCGAGCAGUGUCUAGUGACUAGGCAGGCAAGCACGUUAUGAUACAAAGAACGAUAGCUACAAGUUACCACGAUUCUUGCGAUGGCCCCUCGUGGAAUAAAGUCUUGUCCACCCAUCCAUCCAUUCAUGACCCAUCCACCCACACCCCCUUUUUCUUUUCUUCUCCAUUCUACUCGUACUCGUGCAAGCACUCCUAAGAUCCUCUCCACACCUUCCAACAUCGACCACAUGACUAUUUCGUCACUAGGACAAGGCGUUUCCUCUCUCUCCCUCUGCUCGUACAGUAAAUUUACGGUACGAGUCAAAAAUCAGAGCCAAACGAGAAUCGUAAAAAGGCCAACCCGAAAAAUGCAAGCCAACCCUUUGAGCCCCUUUGGCGGGGAUCAUUUUCACGCCCAAUCGCUCACUUUCUCCUCCUCCGCGCAGCCAUAGGAUACACAACCGCUCCUCUUCCCACGCUGACUGUGCAAACAAAGCUCAUACCGUGCUCGUGUAUUCGAGUACACAGUAACCUCAUGCAAUCACAAUUCCAGCAUCAAGCAAUCCUGCCGUACCGGUGCCGUUCAAACUCCCCACUGAACCCCUCGACCGUCUGAUCCACCCUACCCUUCCUAUCCACCUACCCCCCCCCCCCCCCCGUCGCCCACUACGAGUACCGCACGAGCACAAGUACUCGAGUACUCGUACCCUUCCCUCCCUCCCUCCCUCUUAAUUUCACCCCCCCGGUCCCGGCGUCAACCACUAGGUCAUUCCAGACCAGAACCUCCGACCGUUCGUCAGAGCGACAAGAAGAAAAAAAAAGAAAAAAAAGGACUCUACCGGCACUCGAGUACUCGUACUAGUAACCUCCAAUCAACCACUUCCCCCGCUCUACCCCCUCGCUUGCCCGCAUUUGGCAGUGGGAAGCUUUUUUGUUCACUCUUUCCAACUCCCCGAGACAAGUGGGAGGUUGGAAAAGGGUUCCUUUCUCUCCCCCCUUGCUCUCCUCCUGGCUCA